GCCUCCUCUUUCUCCUCACAACGCAUCUGCAAAUUCCCCACCAGUUCCUCCCCAUCUCCCAGCGAAUCCCCACCCUCUCUCCUCGAAUCAGCAGCCGAGAAGCAUCCAUGGCCCCCAAGGCAGAGAAGAAGCCGGCGGCGAAGAAGCCCGUGGAGGAGGAGCCCGCGGCGGAGAAGGCCGAGAAGGCCCCGGCCGGGAAGAAGCCAAAGGCGGAGAAGCGGCUGCCGGCCGGGAAGACGGCGGCCAAGGAGGGCGGCGAGGGGAAGAAGGGCAAGAAGAAGGCCAAGAAGAGCGUCGAGACCUACAAGAUCUACAUCUUCAAGGUGCUCAAGCAGGUGCACCCGGACAUCGGCAUCUCCUCCAAGGCCAUGUCCAUCAUGAACUCCUUCAUCAACGACAUCUUCGAGAAGCUGGCCGGGGAGUCGGCCAAGCUCGCGAGGUACAACAAGAAGCCCACCAUCACCUCCAGGGAGAUCCAGACCUCCGUCCGCCUCGUCCUCCCCGGCGAGCUCGCCAAGCACGCCGUCUCCGAGGGCACCAAGGCCGUCACCAAGUUCACUUCCUCUUAGGCUUGCUCUGCUCCGGCUGGUGCCGCUUGUUUAUUGCUGUUUAGUCUCUGGUUAUCAUGUAGUACUAGUAGUUGUGUGUUAGUACUUGAUCUGGAUUGCUUCAAGGUUGGCUAGUUUGUAGGUCCGGUAUUAUGAAAUUAAUGAUACAAGUUCUCAAUAUGA